UUAUCUAGAAGGCGUGGAAAGUAAACGCAAGGUGCCAUUCUGGCGGAAGUGAGGUUCCAGCAGCGUUCGAACCUGGCGGAAGUAGCGUUCAGAAAGCCGGAAGUAGUGGGUGCUUGUCAGUUCUGAGGAUGGAGGAAGAGAGUCUGGAGGUCCAGAUUAACCGGGCCACAAACCCUCUUAAUAAGGAACAGGAUUGGGAUGGUGUUCAGGCCUUUUGUGAUCAGCUGAACCAAGAGCUUGAAGGGCCACAGCUCGCUACUAGACUUUUAGCACACAAGAUCCAGUCACCGCAAGAAUGGGAGGCAAUGCAAGCACUUACGGUUCUGGAGGCAUGUAUGAAGAACUGUGGCAAACGUUUCCACAGCGAGGUUGGAAAGUUCCGUUUCCUCAACGAACUUAUAAAAGUAGUUUCUCCUAAAUAUCUGGGCAGUCGCUCACCAGAGAAAGUGAAGCUAAAGAUUCUAGAGCUUCUGUACAGCUGGACAUUGGGACUUCCCAGUGAAGUUAAGAUAUCUGAGGCUUAUCAGAUGCUGAAAAAGCAAGGCAUAGUAAAGGAAGAUCCAGUACUACCACCAGAUGCCCUGAUUCCACCACCCCCACCAAGGGCCAAGAAUGCAAUUUUUGAUGAUGAUGAAAAAUCAAAGAUGCUAGCUCGUCUGUUAAAGAGUACUCACCCAGAAGACCUUCGGGCUGCUAAUAAACUCAUUAAGGAGAUGGUCCAGGAGGACCAGAAGCGUAUGGAGAAAAUUUCCAAGCGUGUAAAUGCCAUAGAAGAAGUGAAUAAUAAUGUGAGGCUCCUCAGUGAUAUGCUGAGCACAUACAAAGAUGGACAAACCUCAGAGGGCAGCGAGGACUUAAUGAAGGAGCUGUAUCAGCGAUGUGAAAAAAUGAGACCCACUCUGUUCCGGCUUGCCAGUGACACAGAUGACAAUGAUGAGGCCCUAGCGGAAAUUCUGCAGGCCAACGAUAGUUUGACACAGGUCAUCAACCAAUAUCGGCAGGUGGUCAAAGGAGAGGAGGUCAAUGGUGAGGCUGCAUCCUCCAGUUUGCCAGCCAGCUCAUCAGCUUUGCUAGACCUCUCGGGUUUGGACAUGACACCGGCUGCAACACCUCUGUACCCUUCAGCACCAGCCCAGCCCCUGCAGUCCGACUUUGGCCCUACUGCACAGGCCUCCAACUCCAUAUCGCUGCUAGAUGAUGAACUCAUGUCACUAGGUUUAAAUGAUCCAGUAGCCUCCGCACAGCCCUUAGAAUCCUCUGCGUGGAACAACUUCCAGCCUCCAGAAACCAUGACCCCUGCUUCAAAUGAGAAAGUAGCUUCCUCCCACCCUCAGCCUCCUCUCACCCAAGGUAGCAAAGCACUUGAAGACCUUGAUAUCCUAGGAAAGACACUUCUUCAGCAGUCUCUGCCACCCACUGUGCAUCAAGUACGAUGGGAAAAACCCAGUCACAAGCCAACGUUGCGUGAUCUCCAAACCAAAAACCCUCCUAUUGCACAUGCCUCACAGUCUGUAGUUGGUCAGUCUGUUGGCGGGGAACAGCCUGCUCGGUCUCCUGAGAAAACAGAAAUCUCCCUUGCAAAUGUCAACGUGCUCUUGGAGUCCAUUAGACCAAGUUGUAUCCUCCCUGUCAUAGUGUAUGACCAACAAAGUUUUCGAGUGUUGCUUCAUUUCGCCAAAGAUCCCCCUCCUGGAAGGCCGGAUGUCCUUGUAGUUGUGAUUUCCAUGCUGAGUACUGCCCCCCUCCCCGUUACUGGAAUCAGCUUUCAGGCCGCUGUGCCUAAGACAAUGAAAGUGAAAUUGCAGCCUGCGACAGGAAGUGAGCUCCCACCAUUUAACCCCAUCCUGCCUCCGUCUUCUGUCACUCAGGUGCUGCUGCUAGCCAACCCCACCCAGGACAAGGUUCGCCUACGAUACAGGCUGACAUAUAUCCAAGGGGACCAGCAUUUUGAUGAAAUGGGAGAUGUGGAAGACUUCCCUCCUGUGGAGAAGUGGGGGAAUCUCUAGGACAUAAACAGAAGGUGGAAUCAAAGUGGGGGCAAAAGGUUACGGGUAAAGAGUGCGGUGACCUUUCUGCUAUGUGACAGCAGUGUGGCAGAGGAUAUGGCAAACAGAGGCCCUGGACUGCACUAGAUAUCAUAUUCUAAAUGCAGAGGCUGUUGCUUAGUGCGAGGUUUUAACCAAAGCCCUUUUACCCACUGCUGUAUGGAUCUUUCCAGAGGGAUGAUGUGUGUUGGCCCUGGCACCUUUUGCUGUGGGAAGAGGACCCUUACAUCUCAAAUUAGAUUUUUAUUCCUGUCUUUUUUUUUUUUUUUUUUCUAAAGAUCUGCUUAACUUUUGUCUUUACUGAAUGGGUCUAAAAUACAAUUUGUUCUGAAGGAGGGGGAGCAAGGUCUUUUGUUCCUAGUCGCUUUCUUUCACCCACUACAGAGAGAUGCGUAUUUAUGUAUUGUGUCAGAGGAAGAUGGCUGCUACUUUUGCACAUAAGUGUGAUAUUUUAUUCUGUGGUCUCUUUGGCCUUGAAACAGCACUUUUCCCAUAGUUACCAUAUCGAUAUAAUGUGCACAGUUUCCCUCUCAGGCUGAUGAUCUGGUCAUGGUCACAGACACACACUCUGCAUCAUGUGUUUUACAGACAGAAUGUUCUAUUCAGAUACAAGAGACACACUCAGGAUGCAGUUACUGUCUUAUGUUCACCUAAUACUCUUCCAAAUAUAUCCACAUGUAAAAAUGUCACUUCUCCAUUCCUUUUCUAGUAAACAAAAAUUGUUCAGACAGUUUUUACCAGUUGGUAGGUGCAAAUGUUGAUUCAUACUCAUCCUUGAGUAGAAAAGGAGCUGCUGAAUCAAAAAAGUGUUUUAUUUAUAGAAGUUCCAGCGUUUCACCUCCACACAGUCAGUCUCUCUCUCUCUCUCUCUCUCUCUCUCUCUCUCUCUCUCUCUCUCUCUCUCUCUCUCUCUCUCUCAUAUGUCAACUGCAUUUUUGCAAUAAAUGUUAAUUGUAAUGGUCACUGUACCCUGCAUUAAAUAUAGUUUCUUUUUUGCAGAAACACAAAUGUAUGCCUGGCAGCUUUCCCACCACACAAAGCAUCCUGUACAAACCCAAGCCCUGAUCAAACAGAUAUUGUGUUUGUAAAGACAUCAUACACUUAUGUGCUGAGCACAGCUUACGUCUAUGCAAGCUUUACCCAGCACUAAAAGGAGCCUUAACCAUACUGAUGCCUGGGGGUAUUAAACCGUAGUUUCAUUCUGCACACAAAUGCACAUCCUACUGAACCUAGUGCAGACUUCAUAUGAUACAAACAGUAUAUAUUUUGGCAAUCCAGUGAAAUUAAAAACCUGCUAGAACAUGAUGACCGCUUCCCUUUUUCUUAUAAGUCACAGAUCUGCUGACCCCUCCCAUAUUUAGGAAACUCCAUAGGCAUUUUCACUGCUCUUCUUGCUGUUAUUUGGCUGUAUUCAAUGGCCUUAAUCUGCACUAAAAAAGUUAAAGGUCGACCAUCUGAAUAUCUGAUGGGAAGCUUUUUAAUAAACCGGGUUUGGCACAAACAAAACAGUGAUUUCUCCCUGUUCUCGUCAUGGCCUUCACUGUGAAUAUUUUAUUUUAAACAGAUCUCACCUCCGCUCUAGGAUCCUUCAUGCCCGCAUAUAUGACUGGGCUGCAUUAUUUUAACGGAAAGCUUGUGGAAGAAGUUUCACCUGCAGUUAAGAGGGAAAAACCUUAUGCUUGGUGUCUAGAAUAUAUACAUUUGUUCAUAUUAGACUGAUGUAUUAAGUAAUGAAUUCUUGCCUUUCUUAUUGUUACUUCCAAUAAAACAAAACGAUAAAGGUU